AUUAGAACUGUUAGUAGCACAGUGUGACUGGAGUGAGGUUGGCACUUAAUGGUAUCAUUUCUGGCUUGGGCAAGUAGUUCUUUGAGGUGCUGUUAACUAAGAUGGAAAGCAUGAAGCAAAGCAGGUUUCUAUAAGAUGAUGGGUAAGUGUGACAUACUACUAAGCAGCUAAAUGGAACUGUCUGGUAGUUGGGGAAAAAUGCAAUUUCCAUUGUGAGCUGCCUUCCAGAAUUUAUGGUAGAACUUCACUGACGUUGCCACUGAUGCCAAUGUGGAAUAAAGUAUCUGGAGUCCAUCUUUCUCCAGUUUCUCCUGAGAUUAUACUGGACCAUGACCACUCCUCUCCUUCAGUUGGCUGCCUGUCUUCGGAACCCAUCAUUUCAUCACCAGAGAAUACACACACAGAUGACAGCAUUGUCAGUCAAACUGUUCCUAAAGCACAGAUUCAGCAAUCAACACACACUCAUCUGGAUAUCUCACUUUUUCCAUUGGGUUUAAAUGAUGAGAAAAGUAAUGGAACAAUUGCCCUUGUGGAUGAUUCUGAGGAUCUUGGAGCCAAUGUAUCAAACAUCCAGCUUCAGCAGAAAAUUUCAAGUCUGGAGAUUAAACUCAAAGUUUCUGAAGAAGAAAAACAGAGGAUUAAAAAGGAUGUGGAAUCAUUGAUGGAAAAGCAUAGUGUCUUAGAAAAAGAUUUCCUUAAAGAAAAAGAGCAAGAGGCCAUAUCUUUUCAAGAUAGAUACAAAGAACUUCAGGACAAGCAUAAACAAGAAUUGGAAGACAUGAGGAAAGCUGGUCAUGAAGCUCUCAGCAUUAUUGUGGAUGAAUAUAAGGCACUACUGCAGUCUUCAGUUAAGCAACAAGUAGAAGCUAUUGAAAAACAGUACAUUUCUGCAAUUGAGAAACAAGCACACAAGUGUGAAGAGUUGUUAAAUACUCAGCAUCAGAGGCUCCUUGAAAUGCUAGAUACAGAGAAGGAACUGUUAAAAGAAAAGAUAAAGGAAACUUUGAUUCAACAGUCUCAAGAACAGAAGGUAAUAUUGGAAAAAUGUUUGGAGGAAGAAAGGCAAAGAAAUAAAGAGGCUUUAUUAUCUGCUGCAAAGCUUGAGAAAGAAGCAAUGAAGGAUGCAGUUUUAAAAGCCAUAGAAGAAGAAAGAAAAAAUCUGGAAAAAGCCCAUGCUGAAGAAAGGGAGUUAUGGAAGACUGAACAUGCAAAAGAUCAAGAGGAAGUAUCUCAGGCAAUUCAGAAAGCAAUACAAGAACAGAGAAAAAUAAGUCAGGAAACUGUUAAGGCAGCAAUAAUAGAAGAGCAGAAGCGAAGUGAAAAGGCUGUGGAAGAGGCAGUGAAAAGAACAAGAGAUGAAUUGAUAGAGUAUGUAAAAGAACAGAAAAGACUUGAUCAAGUCAUCCGCCAAAGAAGCCUGUCCAGUUUGGAACUGUUCCUCUCUUGUGCUCAGAAACAGUUAAGUGCUUUAAUUGCUACAGAACCGGUUGACAUUGAAUAAAGAGAACAUGACAAGCAAACCCACACUGGCAAUGGAUAAAUCAUUAGACCUCUAAAAUACAUGCUGUGAAUUCUAAA